CAACCGAUGUGCUGAUUGACAAAGAGACCGAGAGUCUUAUUAUUUGUGAUCGAGGAAAUCGACGAGUUGUAAGAUGGUCUCGUCGUAGUGGCACAACUAGAGGAGAAAUCCUCAUCGACAACAUCCAAUGUUAUGGAGUGGCCAUGGACAAUCAGAGAUAUCUCUAUGUCUCUCUCCGUGAAAACCAUGAAGUAAGACGAUAUCAAAUAGAAGCAGACAAGAAUGGAACUCUUGUCGCUGGUGGAAAUCAUGAAGCUGCUGAUCUCAAUCGACUCUGCUAUCCGACUUACAUUUUUGUCGAUCAGCACCAGACCGUCUACGUGUCAGAGGGCUGGAAUCAUCGUGUAAUAAAAUGGAGUAAAGGUGCAAAAGAAGGAAGUGUCAUCGCCGGGCUCGACGGCUAUGGGAAUGCUCUGACACAAUUAAAUAGUCCUAGCGGGCUAUUCGUCGAUACUUUGGAUACUCUCUAUGUGGCAGAAUCGGGGAAUUAUCGAGUAACGCGUUGGCCUGAAGGAGAGAAACAGGGCACCGUUAUUGUGGGUGGACAUGGUGGAGGAGCAAAAGCACAUCAGCUCUUAUACCUUGAUGGUUUGUCCUUCGAUCGUCAUGGCAAUCUCUAUGUUGUUGAUAGGGGAAAUCAUCGUGUUCAACGAUUUUCUAUUGAAUAA